GUUGGAUUUGCGGCAUACUUAUCUACCACAUGCACAGUGACUCGCAUUGAAUCUGCUCAGUUCUAUGUCUCAAGGAUGAUCGUGAUCGCUUAUUCUCCUGCCUAAUUCCUCCGCGCUUUCGCCCAUACGCUACAAGGCCGUGCCCGACUCCACGAAGCUCAAUUACAUUCUGUGCCCCGUCACGACUCCUUUUAAUUCUCCGCCCUGCAUAUAUAUUAUCCGAUAAAGUCAGACUUCUGGUAUGAGUGGUAGAGAAGGCUACGCCAACGGAUACGGGUACCCCGACACCAGCCGAUAUGACCGCACUGAUGCCGGUUACGGCAACAGUAACAACCUUGCUGUAAACGGUUACGGAGGAGGUGAACGAGAUCGUCGCCCGGGGGGUUAUGGCGGUUUUUAUUCUGAGUCACCGCAACAGCCUGGACUGUCGCCGUCCCAAUCACCCGACCGACGCCGCGAAAGACGGGAUAGGGAUCGAGACCGCGAAUAUUCCUCGUCGCGCUCACGCACCCGAGGUCGGGACGGGGACCCCCAGAGAAGGCUACAAAGUUCAUCGCGAGACGGACGGCCUCAUGGAGAUAAUAGCUGGCUGUCUGACAGCAGCCGGGAGAGGGAGAGGAAUCGAAAUAUGAACAGUAACCCAGCUGGAUCACAGGCUGUUGAAGAGGUUCUACAGUCUAUCCAACAAGAAUGGGAUCUCGUAGCCUCAGACGAGUGCGUGCCAGUCCAGGUAGCUUUACAAUUAAUGGACACAAGUACCCUAGGAAAAGCAGAUCGCGAGCCAGAAUUUGUGAAUGUGCAUAAUCGAAUUCAAAAAACUUUGAAAUCUGUGGUAAACGAACAUCACCAGGGCUUUAACAGCUCCAUUGGUACUUACCACAAGAUCCAGUCAAGUAUUCAAAGCUCCCAGGGACGAGUUCGUAAUCUGAAACAUGCACUGGAGCAAGCCAAGUCUGGGCUACUUUCGACCAAGCCUGAACUGAAAGAGCUGGCGACCUCGUCUCAGAAGUACGACGAUAUCAUCCAGCUGUUUAGCCAAAUUCAAGAGAUCCAAUCUCUCCCAGAGAAACUAGAGUCUCGAAUAUCUGAUAAGCGAUUCCUUGCAGCCGUUGAGGUGCUUCAUGAUGCCUUCCGCCUCUUGCGGCGCUCUGAACUUGACAAUAUUGGAGCUCUUGCUGAUGUUCGUGCCUAUUUCACCAACCAAGAAAUAUCACUUACAGAUAUCUUGGUGGAAGAGCUACAUGACCAUUUAUACCUGAAAUCCCCUUACUGCUCAAAUCGAUGGAAGCCACCGACGCCGGAGGGUGAGAACAACAGUGAGAGUCCAUCCGGAUGGGCUGGCACAUCUUGGGAGAGGCCCGUUUACGCGUUCCUGGCGAAGCUGGAUGCUUCUACGCCAAUGGUUGAGGAUGCUUCUCGCAACCCAGAGGCUGACACAUUUUACUAUAUCCGACUUCUUAUCGAAGCGCUAAAUAAAAUGGGCCACCUGGACAUCGCCGUCGACCGGAUUGAGCAGCGACUUCCAGUUGAACUUUUUGCAGUGGUGGACAAGACAAAUGCGGAAGUUGAUGCUCGUUAUCCGAAUUUGACUCGUGGAUUUGCACCGCAGGAUAAUAAGACGAAACUACCAACUGAGAUUAUUGAGACGCGUGGGCAUGUUUUAUCCGAGUUUCUCUGGACGUUAUAUGCCAAGUUUGAAUCUAUCGCUGAAGGUCACCGCGUUGUCCACGAUGUCAUUGCAGCUAUUGUUGAACGCGAGGGUAUUCCUAAAAGCAGUGCCCUUGCAGGGGGUUUCAAAGAGCUGUGGAAACUCUAUCAGAGCGAGAUUCGAUCCCUCAUGCAUGAUUAUCUGGCAACCGAUGGAGAAUCAUCCCUCCGACCAGGAGGCGAAGACGAAUCCAGGCGUCAUCUUUACUCAGGCUACAGAGACAAGAGCAAGAAAAUGUUUAAGUUGUCUGAGACAGAUGGAACAUCAGAGAUGAGAGCCGAACAAAACGAAUUGGAUGAAAUUCUCCAGUCCUCUGUUCCAGGCCUUGUGUCAAAGACAAGGCAGAAAUCCAAUACGAACGAAAAUUCCGACUCUAAACAAGGGAAUUCGGGAACAGGUCAUAAGAUCCUCAUCGAGCCAAGUGUAUUCAACAUGAGCAUUCUUCUUCCACCCUCGCUUUCAUUCAUUCAACGAUUGAAGGAAAUUGUGCCUGUGGAUUCCGAUAUUGCUAUGAGCACUUUGACUUCCUUCUUGGAUGACUUUAUGGUCAAUGUGUUCCUCCCUCAGCUUGACGAGACGGUUACAGAUCUCUGCAUGUUGAGCUACAUUGCACCAGAUUCGUUUACAGAGGAUCCUAAAUGGUUGGCAGUUUCUCCACGCCCUGUCUUCAAGGGAACGGUUAAAUUUAUGUCCAUCAUCCGCGAGUUCAGCAAAAUGCUGUCGAGUAUCCCUCAUGACCAAGCAUUCACACAGCUACUGAUAACACAAAUCGUGAACUAUUAUGAUAAAUGCUGUGGAUGGUACAGAGCCAUCGUGACGAAGAUUUCCCCUCGCGACAAUGGCCAAUUUCGGCUCAAGGCCGCAGCGCAAUUUGCUCAAUCAGGUGACAUCCACGAUGUAGUCAAGGAGCUAUGGAAGGGAGAAGCGGGUAAGGAAGAACUCAUAGACAAGGAAACUAAGCUUCUUCUCAAAAGCACUUCCGAAGUGCCUCUGGAGCCCUAUGACAUUAUCUCGGACCCCAAAACCGUUACAGCUCUCUCUCUUUUAUAUAACAGCACGCAAUGGCUCGCAAGCCAUCUCCUCAAAUUGCGCCAAGUCACACAACCGCCGUCUGAGCCACGGCAGGCACAGGAAGGCGGGCCACCCAACCGUAGAUGGACCUUGAUCGGUGCUAUGGUACCAAAACGCGAGGGUGUAAACCAACCCGUAUAUCUCCCCUUAAAUCAAGAAACUGCAACUGCGUUCGAUACUACCAUCGAAUCGCUGCGCGAUCUUUCCUCAACGGCUCUUUUUGCUUUACACAUCGAUAUCCGGUGCGGUAUUAUCCACAUGCUCACAAGGACCAUGGCUGGGCCCAACCCUAGGAGCAAUCGCAACUCCGAGCCUACAACUCCUUCUCCCAACACAAACACCGCUUGGUGGCAUAUCAUUUUGAAUCAGCCAACCGCUGCUUCACCAACUAUACUUGAGCUAAACAACGAUCUUAUCUCCUUCGAUACAAACAUCUCUUCAUAUCUGGGCUCCGCCGAGCGUUGGCAUAUCACAUCAGGGCUAGCCCGAUUCAUUGAUCAGGUAUUUGUUGCUUGUACGCAUCUUAUCGGUGCGAUAAACGAGAAUGGAGCGCUGCGUCUUCAGUUAGACGUCCUUGUUCUACAGCAAAACCUGAAGAACAUCAUUAUUGAGCCGGCUGAGGUUACAGACGAGGAAGGUGUCGCCAGACGAGGAUCUGUGCAGUACCAUGAGAUCGUUGCUCUCCCACGUAGUGCUAAGUUCCUUGAUUGGUUCCUGGAAGGUGCCGAGAAAGCUCUUGAUUAUGCCAAGGAUGAAAAAGAAUUUUUCGCAGCGCACCCCGAGAAAGCGUUGGCUGCUGGCAAUGGCGAGCCAUUUUCUUAUGAGGAGCUCAAGAUUCUCGUCGAUCUAUGUUUCUCGGAUGUUCUUAAAGGGCCCAGAGGCGCCGAGAACCGAGAAGAAUUCAUGGCUGCAAAGAAAGCGAGCGCAGAUGCCCUCUUAAGAUUGAAUGAGAUAAUGUGGGAUUCUAGGUAGUAGUCUCUUUACUUUUUGACUGGGGAACUUGUUCUUUCGAAAGAGAAGCCCUAUGUGAGAACUACCGUACAGUAUUUCCGCAGAAACUUAGCUAUCUUGGAUAUAAUUAAGAGACCAGGAUCUAAUAGUGUCUAAUACUCUAUACAUACAAAGCGAUAUAAGUUGAGCUGGUAAGUCAAAUAUGACUAUUUAGUUACAGUUUCUGUGGCUGUGAAUUACUACGACAGGUAUAUUA